AUGUUUUACAAGCUUUUGUUAGUUUUGAUAUUCUUGAUUGGGCUACGAUGGGAUUUGGUGAAAAGUCAGGGUCCAAAUCCAUAUCUACCGCCGUAUGGUUGCAAUAAUUUUGGCUCGUGCAAGAAAGCUGGGAUUGCUUGGACUGGGAUUGAUCCAUCAACAGAUUACUACUAUUGCACGUCGUCGAUCUAUUGUCUAUGCAAUAAUGGAACCUCUGGCGAUAAUUGUACACAAGUUGAUGAUAUGUGUGCCUGCAAUCCGUGUACUUCUGGAAUUUGCGAAGCUGGGAUUGGUACAUACUCUUGUGUUUGCCCGGCCAAUUUUACUGGAGAUGAUUGCGAAAUGGAGAUCGAUUCACCGUGCGCAUCAAGCCCAUGCUUGAAUGGUGGUGAGUGUUCGUUGAAUGCAACCACAUACGAGUGCCAAUGCUCGGAUCCUUGGGUUGGAGAUCGAUGCCAGUAUAUUAACACAUGUCUCCAAAAUCCAUGCGUAAAUGGUGGAGUUUGUCAGCUGAUAUUUCACGGAGAAGAUUAUUAUUGUCAAUGCUCGAUGGAAUGGCAAGGAAGAAGCUGCAGUCAAUCACAAACAACUUUCAAUUUCAAGGAUCUCGGUUGUGGAUCAAUUCAAAAUAAUGGAUUGGACGGUCUAACAAAGGUUGACUUGGGAGAUGCGCCAACGCUUGACGCUUGCAAACAAGCUUUCUCCGAUGCAGUCUCUGGUGGUGCAAACUAUCAGUAUUUCACAAUCAUGGGCUCCGGUUGUUGGCUUUCAAAGGAUAAACCCUCACAGAAGGGCUCAAACAAGGAUCAAUGCAAUGCGAAAUGCAAAGAAUCGGCCUCGAUAGGGAAUCAAAUUUCUGGAUAUGAUGGAGACGAUCAGAUUUGUGGGAAACAGGAUAUGUUUGGGAAAUAUGCGCACAGUUACUCUUAUACAUCAACAAGUGAGCCACAGCAAUGCCCGAAUCUCGAUUGCUCACCCGGCGUUUGCAUUGAGUACAAUAAUUUUGCGAAUUGUUCGUGCCCUCGAGAGCGAUUGCCUGGUCCAGAUGGCAAGGAUUGCUCAGUUGUGGUUGACCUCUGCGAUCCAAACCCGUGCGGAGCCGGCAACAAUUGCACGGUGAACGACGACUUCACCUGGACGUGCAACUGCGCAAAUCCGCUCUACUUUGGCCCAAAUUGCAAAUUUGUGCACAAGUGUGCGCAAGCCAAACCCAUUUGUUCCUAUGGUUCGACUUGUGUGGAAACGCCUGGCAUUGGUUCAGGAUCCACUUGUGAAUGUCUCACAAAUUACUAUGGAUCGAGUUGUCAAUAUCCCGAUCAGUGUGUGUAUGAGCCGUGUAAACAUGGUGUUUGUAGCAAUGUGCAGCGUGGACUCAACUCCACCUACCAGUGCAAGUGCGAAAAGGGAUGGUCGGGAAGCAUUUGCUCUGUUGAUAUCAACGAAUGUCUGUGCAAUCCGUGUCAAAACUUUGGCACCUGUUCCCAGGUUAAACCACCCGCCGAUCCAUUUUAUAAUUGUGCUUGUAUUCCGGGAACAACUGGGACAAACUGUGAAAUUAAUCCAAACGAUUGCCCCAAACAACCGUGUCACGGGAACGAGCAGUGCUCACCGUGCAAUGUAACCGAUCCGAAUGGGCUAUGCGUCGAUGGUUACAACGAAUGGAGUUGUCAAUGCUCUCCACAAUACACCGGCCCCCAAUGUGACAUCAAUAUAAUUAUCUACAAUGUGAUGAUGGACAUUUUUGGGCAAAUAGACGACGACAUGCUAUCGUUGUUAAACGAUUUGCUCUCAAAUCCGGCAAUGAUCAAAGAUAUCGUUCCAUUCAUUCUCGGUUUGGAAUCAAUGGAUAAUCGAACGGAGAUGAGUUAUACAUUCGACGAGAUGUUCGUGUGGGCUGCGUAUGAGGAGAAGACGCUGAAUGGAUCUCGAGACUUCUACGGUUUCAACGAUGUGGUGCUAGGCAAUUGCUUUACAUUUAAUCAUCGGCUCAAUGAGAAUCCUUACAAGAAAAGGAUGUUUGGAGAAGUUGGAGGACUUCGAGUGAAGCUGAGAGUGAAUGCCGAUGAGUAUCUCCCGUGGAUUGACACAGAAGCUAUGGAGACCCAAUUCGUUCCAAUGUUGACUCAAUACAGCCGUUUGGGUGGAAAGUACGGAGUUUGUGUGAACACGCCAAGUGAAGUGAAAUCGUUUUACUACGCUGGCGGAUACACGACUGAUGGUUGCAUUCGUUCUUGUUAUCAAGAUGCGGUGAUGGAAACGUGUGAGUGCAUGGAUCCACGUUUUCCGAUGCCUGAAGGAGCAAUUUCCUGUGACUUGAAAUCAAGAAAUUGUGUUGAUGGAGUGUCAAGUCGUGGAGAUCCGUCUCUCUGGCCCAGUUGUAAAUGUCCACUUCCUUGUUUCAACGAAUUCUACACAACAUCCACCAGUCAAAGUCCUUAUGUCACGAAUCAAGCUGCUUGCUGGGGAUUGCCCGACGACGAGGUCGGGAAUUGCACACGAGCUUUACAGGAUACGGUCAUCGUUGAAGUAACAGACACGGGCCUGGAUUUCCAACUCUUCGCAGAGACGCCGGCUGCAAGCUUCAAUCAAUUCAUCGGUCAAUUGGGUGGUUUGCUCGGCGUUUUAAUGGGUGUCAGCUGUAUCACUUUCAUCGAAUUCGCCAUUCUCAUCGCUUACAUUUGUCAUAUUUGUUGUUUUGCUAAGAAGAAAACG